AGCGUGGAGGCGCGGGACGGAUCGACUUUCAUUUCCUCUGUCAUUUCUUCCGUGCUGUCUAGCGAGAUGCGCGUCCAGUUGUACAAGUAGUAGUGAAGUGAAGGAAGUUGAGUCGCGGGAUGCAUGACGAUGUUGAAAUUCGGGAUAUCAUCGGGCAACCGCCUCUCACCUUCUUCCGCCUCGCAUCUCAGGACCGCCCCGUAUGACAAGUUUUGGGUCCCGCCUCUCGUUUGAUUGAACAAAAUGUCCGACUUUAAGCACCAGCGACGGCGGACGAACAGCAAUGCGCUGUCGCUGAGGAGCGCAGGGUCGGCUGGUGGCGGAGGACACGCACGUGGCAUCUCACGCGCCGUCAUUCAGCCAAGAUCAACACACACCUCUGAUGAAUUCCUCAAACCCUUUCUCCAAUCUUCAUUCGACCCUGCGAACUUUUUCAACGCCAACCUCCCGCCUGUGCAGCAGCGUAGUGGUGAGGGCGCAGCUACAGGGGGCACGGCGGACCUGUCAUCGCAAGCGCAGGCGCUCAUCACCCAGCUCAAUACUCACACCACACGCCUGUCAAACACACUCACAACGCUCACCGACGACAUUCUACGCAGCGGGAGCCGUCUGGCCUAUGAGGUGGAAUUACUUCGGGGCGAAACGGUGGGGCUGAACGAGACGUUGCAUGAAACCCUGGCGGACGAUGUGAGGAAGUUCGUGCCAGAAGGCCUUCCGACGGAGCCGGCCGUCACGAGGAUCAACGAAGAGCAAGAGGAAAUGGAGGAGGCCACGACGACAUCGACGGAGCCCGAGUUUGUGAAGCAGCUGCAGACGCUGACCCUGGUGCGCGCACGGCUCGACUCUGUGAUCAAGACCUUUGGGGACUCUAUGGAAUUCGUCUUCCCGCCCUCGGAGCUCUCCGUCUCGUCCUCCUUCCUGUCCGUGUCCGCGCCCGAACCUGGCUCGGAGCAGCAAUCGUCCGAGGAAAAGGGGCAGCAGGUGCUCGCCAAGCUUCGCGGGGAGAUUGCGGAUCUCCUCGACACGCCGGCCGAUCCCGUGGAGGGCAUCGCGCAGGCGGCGCAGCGGGUGGAGGAGCUCAAGGAGCUGACGACGGUGUGGCGUGGCACGCGCGAGGAGAAGGGACGGAUGCGGUUCAUUGAGAGCCUGGCCAAGAUGGUGGAGGACAAGCAUCGGGAGCUGAUGCGGGAGAUGGAGCUGGCCGCCAAGAAGAACGAGGCGGUGGCCGCGACUGGUAGGACCAGGAAGAGCAGCGUGACGAGGGAUGCGGCGGUGGAGGAGGCCAAGGUUGUGCCUGGCGGGUUUGGGCUGUUGAACCAGUUGCAGCGGUUGAGGAGUGGUCUGUGACACAGGUUGUUGACCGAUAUCACUGGCACAUGGACUCGGGCAGAAGCAUUGCGGUCCAUUGCUAUACAAGAGCUUCUAGUGACAGGAAGUUGGUGUCAUCUGGCUAUGCUAUGACACGGCAGAUCUGCAAGGGGAAUCAGACAGGGCAUGUUUGAGCCAGCCAGCGCAGCAC